GCUCGCACUAGGCUGGGGCGGAUCACGUGAUCGGCAGCUCGGCGCUCGGCUGCGGUGCCUGCGGAAGCCGGAAGUGGCUGCUGUUACGGGGAGAGCGUCACGGAUUCCCGGUGAUGAUGUAACCGGCCUGGCCGGGGCCCUGAGACCGACACCGGGGGGGGAGACUGCAAGCAUGAACCUCCUGCCCUGUAACCCGCACGGAAACGGCCUGCUCUAUGCCGGGUUCAACCAGGACCACGGUGAGAGAGAGGGGGAGGGGAGACAGGGGAAGGGGGGGUGAGGAUGGGGGGUGAGAUGGGAGGACAGGGCGAGGGGUGGGUGUGAGAUGGGGGACAGGGGGAUGAGAGUCUGGGGAGGGGGACAUGGAGGUGAGAGAAUGGGGGUGGGGGGAACCUAAUAGGGAGGGAGGAACAGAGGUAUCAGAGGGUGCCUGGAAGGGAGAGAUGGAAUGGGUACAUGAUAAGGAGGCAGGGGACAUGGGUGGGACAGGGGAUAACCGAGAAAGUGAGAUGGAUAGAGCAACAGGGUGUGCCCCAAAGGUAGUGAUUAAAACAAGGGGAGGGGGGCAAAUGAUACCAGAGAGGUUGGGGUGGGAUGGGGCUAGGGGGGCAGCCAGAAAGAGGGAUGGGGUGGAUAUGAAAUAACUGAGAAGGAUGAAUGGGGCAGGGAGUAGCUGGGGGUAGUUUGCAGGGAAGAAUGGGACGGGACAGAGCUGGCAGGGGGGGGACUGAAUGGGGCCAGGGGGUAGAUGACAGGGAAGAAUAAAAUGGGGGGCAGAGGGUAGCUGGGAGGGAUGAAAUGAAAAGCAGGGUUUACCUGUGAAGGAGGAAUGGAGGUUGGGAGGGACUGGUGAUAUUGAGAGGGGGGAAUGGAAUGGUGGGCAAGGUUAUGUAUAGAGGGAGGGAUGGAAUGGGGGGGCCAGGGGCUACCUGGGAGCGAGGGAGGAAUGGAAUGGGGGACAGGGGGUAUCUGUGGGAGAGGUACGGGAUAGGGGACAGGGGUGUCUGUGGGAGAGGUACAUCAUAGGGGACAGGGGUUGUCUGUGUGAGAAGCACGGGAUAGGGGACGGGGUAUCUGUGGGAGAGGUACGGGAUAGGGGACAGGGGGUAUCUGUGGGAGAGGUACGGGAUAGGGGACAGGGGGUAUCUGUGGGAGAGGUACGGGAUAGGGGACAGGGGGUAUCUGGGAGGAAGGCAGACAAGGAAUUAGAGGUCAGAGGAUACUUGAGAUGGAGGGAUAGAAUGUGUGACUUGAAAAGGAGAGUGCAAAUCGGGAUGGAAUGGUUGAUGGGUAGAGGAAGGUAUGAGUUGAUGCUGGGAGGGAUGCACUAGGGGGUUGUGAGGGAGAGAAAUGGAAUGGGGGCCGUGUGAGGUGAUUACAGGGAUAGAACGACAACAGAUUCUGGACAGGAUGGAGUCAGGGAGUGUGAGAAUAUAUUGGAAAUGGAGGGUUGUGGGGGGGAGGGAUGGAAUAAAGAUAUUAUAAGGGUGAUCAUUGGAGGGGAGAUGGAGUGAGUGCUUGAGGAGGAAUACAGGGACGUAUUGAUGUGGGAGAGACCAAGAAGUGAGUAUUGAAAUAAAGGUGAUCAUGGUGGCAAUAGAACGGCAGGAAUGUGAGAAGAAAAAUGGGAGAGACCCGACCCUUCAGGGAAACUAUCCAAGCUGACAAUAUUCCAUUGAAACCUAUAUCUGCACUAACCUGCUCACUCUCAAUUUUAACCAAAUCUGAUGCAAAAUGUAAAAAAACCAAAAACAGUGAUUUUAUGAAUGGAACCAUAUGAUAUAAAAGAUACGUAAUAUUUGGGGUCCCCACAUAAAAAGGAAUCACUAGUAAAUUUAAACUUUUAUUUGUUUUCUAUAUAAUUCGUUUUAUGAAUCUUGCCUAAAACCCGUGUGUACACCAUUGAUUCAGAAAACCCUGCCCCCUUUUCCCUGAGUAAGCGUAAAUAUAUCAUUUAUUUAUUUUUACCAACUGCUCCCUCAGCCUGUUCUUCCUCAACUGAAUUCUUUUAUUUUCAGCAAAAAAUAACCCAGGAUGCUGACUCAGCCCAGCCAGUGACUAUGUUAGCUUUUGUACCGCAAGCCCAACAUUGUGAUAAAGAGAGCCGAUGUAUGGACCUUCAUUUUUUCAUUUAUUUAAAAUCAGAUUUUGUUUUCAUAAACUGUAAAAUAGUAUAUUAGGGCUUGUGCUUCGAGAACAACUGUAGGGAAAUCCCAAUAGAAACAGUGGAGUGUUCAUGCUGAUUUCUCCUCUUUUAGAACUUUGCUACAAAACGGCUGAUUACACCAAAUCCCCUUUUUUUUUUAGUUUUUAUCAAUUUCAAAAGAAAAUUUACCAAAAUAAAUAUUGCCAAACUGUUAUUAUAGCGUAGUUUGUGAAUUUUUCCAAAUCUGAUACUUAUGUUUAAAUUGUGCAAUAUUUAUUUAUUUUGCAGUUCACUUGUUAGUGAAUAAAGCCCGCCCAAUAGAAAAGUGGGGUAAAAAGCUAAACGUUCAGCAAUCACCAUGAACAUAUUAGUGAUUGUUUCACUUCUGCAUCAUUGUCCUAAAUUUACUCCUUAUGCUUAAUGAUCGGUGUGGCAAAAAGGUUGCUAUCAGAAUACGCUUUUGCGAAUACAUUUGUCCAUGCUGAAUCUUUGUAAAAUAUUCCAGACAAUGAUUUAUUUCAGAUUGGAGUGCGAAAAGUCUCCCCAGGCUCCAGCAAUGAAUUGUUGUUCGCAGUUACUGAGUCACAGAUCUGCUAAUGAACUUCUCAGCAGCACGCAAUAACUAAAGGAGUGACUGCCCUUGUAUUUAGCAUUUCACCUCUUGUCCUCUCUUCUCCGUCUCCGUCACUCUCUUUCGCUCCUCCUUGUGUUUUCCUAUUUCGAUUUCAUUUAUCUUGUUUACUAUCAGCUUCAGAAUACAAUUUUGAUUUUACUGCAUAAUGUGUUUUUCUUAUUGGGUGCACAGUGCCCGUCACAACAUCCGUUAUCUUGCACCGUAACAUGGGAUAAAUUUUUUUACAACUUGUAUAGACUUGCAGGUAAAUUUCUACUAAACACCUGUCAUUGACUGCUUUAGGAACAGAUUUAGACUGAUCACAGUCGAAGUCUUUGUUGGCAAUGUGAGGCAUUCUGGGAUCCUACAUCCUACGCUGACUUUUUAGUAAAUACCUGGGGUGGAAUGUAAAUGUAUAACUGUAAGCUUGUAUAGUGCCAGUUCGCACCAAGUUUUAUGUUGUAUUUAAAGCUACGGGACCCCUUUUCUAAUGGAGAAUCUGCUGUGUUUUUCAGGGUGUUUUGCGUGCGGAAUGGAGAAUGGAUUUCGUGUUUAUAAUACCGAUCCCCUGAAAGAGAAGGAAAAGCAAGGUAAUAAAAUGUGGUGAUGCUGUCACUUUAACAGUGCUCUGCUUUUUGCUAAAUUAGUGGGAAAGACCACAUAUAUUGACAGCAGCAGAUUGGUUUUGUGUUAUUUACAAAUCUGGUAACUGUAAACAACUAAACAUAUUUUGCUGUGGAUUUUGCAUUGAUGUCCGCAGAGACAAGCAAUUGGCUAAAAAUGCUAAAACAAACCUGGUCUCUCCGUAUUGUGUGUGUUUUUUUUUUUUUUUAUUAUAUCCAAGAGCUAGUUUGCCAUAAACGUGUACACAGUAGUCAGGGAGUAGUAUUAUUGAACAUGCACAGCAGUCACAGUAAAGGUAGUAAUGCUGUACGCAUGAAUUUUAAAAAUUGGAGACAAACUCCCAGGAAGUUUUAAAGUUUAGGGUUUUGGAGUAGUUGUGGUUUCCUGGUUUGUCACACUUUUUCUGGUGAGACAGGAGGAAGGUUAUUUGUGGAGCAAGUGAAAAUUAAAAAAAAAAAAUAUAUAUUUUUUUUUUUUUUUGGUUGGGACUUGGUUAAUGUUGCUUGUACACUAUGUGGUGCUGAUACAUGGCUUUCUGAUUUCCCAGCUUAUUGCUGAUUAUUAUUAUUUAUAUAGCGCCAACAGAUUCCGUAGUGCUUUACAAUACUGAUGACCCGUGUUUGCUUUGUGCACCCAGCCAUGCUGACCUGAAAGGAGCAAUACGGUCAUCCUGGUAUAAUAAACAUUCAUUACUCUCUGGGUCCAACCAGAUACACAUUGCUCUUUCUUUUGUGCUUUUUAUUUAUAUAUAUAUAUAUAUAUUUUUUUUUUUAUUUUUUUAUUUUAUAUAAAGGACAAGCCAUUUAAUUCAUAUUACUAAAAACUGAACACAGAAUGGCAUUAUUUACAGAAGUAUGAAGGCUAUGUUCCUGGUCUAGGUCCAAUGAAACUGUAUUAUAUAGAAAGGCCAACUGUUUCCUAGACCAGUAUGUACUAACAGCCACAGUGAGCAGAGGGGUCACAUUUCUGCAGUUAUCGAGUCUUCUUCCAAUGCAAGAACAGGAUGAAACCAUUACCGGCAAAGACAGGAGUCUUUAAACCUUCAUUAAUCAAAAUCUUGGAAUGGUUGUUGACUGUGUACAUAUCUGAAGAUCACUGUGUCCACGACUGAAUUUGUUCUAGGCUGGCAAUAUAUUGCAGUGUACAGAUGCAAUGAUACGGAAUAUCGUUCGGAACUUCCUUAAAGGGACACUGAAGGCAUCAAAACAACUUUAGCCUGAUGAAGCAGUAUUAGUGUUUUAUAGAUCAUGUCCCUGCAGCUUUUUGUUUCUGUUUAUACAGCCCUAGUCCUACUAUAGAAGUUUUUAUCUCCUGCUCUGGUAAUUGAACUUUAAUCACUCACAGGAGGCUCCUGCAGGGUCUAGCAGGUUUUUGACAGCAAGAGAUAAGAAAUCCUGGGGGCGUGGCCGACCACGGAGCUGAACAGUCGCAUGUCUGUGGAGCUCUGCAUCGGCCCCACAGACUAAGAGCCUUACAGAGCAGAAAUCAGCUCCAAAAACGCGCAGCUUACCUGCCACCCGACAGCCGACAACAUGGGGCGCAAACAUAGAAAGCAAACUCACACGGAGCGUCCCGCGGCACCUGAUAUCAGGCUGGCAUUUCAGAGGCCUACACAGGCGCGGCCCGCCAAGAUGGCGCCGGAACCGCAGAGUGAGUUAGAGACCUCUGACGACUCCCAGGAAGAGAGGGACUCCCAAGCUUCCCUCCCAGGCCCCACUCCCAGGUCUGACUCGGAGGAGGAUGACUCCCCAUCAACAAAAGGGGACAUCAGAAGGCUGCUGACUGACCUAAGGCAGGUCUGGAAGGCCGACUUAAAGGAGACACAUGCAGAAAUAGGGGUCUUGCAGCAGAGAGUCCAGGAGGUGGAGAACAGAGAAAGCUCAAGAGAUCACCAACUCCAAGACACCAAACUGCAACUAGAGGGUCUUACUGAGCAGGUCCGACGCCUAUAAGGAGCGGUGGUAACACUUGAAACCAGACACCACCGACGCAACGUACGCCUCAGAGGUAUCCCUGAAACGGUGAGCGGUGAAGAUUUACUGCCCUUUGUCCGGAGACUCACCUCCUCCAUGGGCCUUGGAUGUAAUUCAGACACCCCACUGAUACUGUCCACCUUCAGGGUGCGCAAAUCGCCAGCGGCACCCGCUGGUGCCCCCAGAGACACCAUAGCCACCACCAGAGACAUAGCGGCGAGAGCUGCAAUCAUGGCCGGAUCCAGAUCAUUGGGCUCGGUAAAAUUUGAGGGAUGCGAGGUGGCCAUAUACAGUGACCUCCCUUUUGCAGUGCUUGCAGCAAGGAGACUACUAGCACCAGUCACUAAGAGACUGAGAGACCAUUCGGUCCGGUACCGAUGGGGCGCAGAGGGAUUGCUAACGGUACAAAAGGGCGCCGAUAUACUCACCCUGACCUCGGGAGACGACCCAGAGACAUUCCUCAAAAAAUUAGGCAUAUUAGCCAAUGGACACAGAAAGCAACAUGAGAAACGCAACACUUAACUAUAAUAAUAAUGAUGUUUUUUUUGUUGUUUUUUUUAUGCAUAUAAGCCAAUGAGGAAAGCUUCUCACUAUUCUUGCUACCCCUAACCCAGCACUCCAUGCUAUUAACCUAUAGCCCUAGAUAUCUGACCCCACAUAUAUAUAGGAUAUACAGAUUGAGCCGGAAGAUUGUUGAAAUCUAGCAACCUCGAAUAUUAAGCAACCUCUUUAAGUAGAGAUCUCCGCAGAAGAGUAGAAAUGUACAAAUUGUUCCCCCACCAUGCCACAGCAAGGGUCUCUCUGACAUUGUGAUUGUUACUCUGCUUGUAGCCCAACGAAAUGUUAUUUGAUCCUGUUCUACCUUAUAUAAUAACACAUAUAAUGGAAAACUGUAUACUGUGUGUAUAAAACCUAAUAAAAUACAAAUUCAAAAUAAAAAAAAAGGGAUAAGAAAUCCUAAAUUAAACAUAAUGUGCAAUAAAGGAACUUUCAACAUUAGAUGGCAUUUUACAGGAAGUGUUUAGGAAGGCUUUGUAAGUCACAUGUAGAGUGAGAUGGGUGAAAGUGAUUAAACUCCUAAAUGGCUUCUAGACCCCACAGGAACCUCCUGUGUGUGAUUAAAGUUCAAUUUACAGAGCAGGAGGUAAAAACAUCUGAUUUGAAAAUGAAACCAUUUUUUUUUCAUGCAGGCUGUGUAAGUCAUAGGAUGUGUGGCUAGGGCUGCAGAAACAAUAGUGAUUUAACUCCUAAAUGGCAGAGAAUUGAGCAGUGAGACUGCAGUGGCAUGAUCUAUACACCAAAAUUGCUUCAUUUAAGGGAUUUUCUAGUGCCAGAAAAACAAACCUGUUUUCCUGGUACUGCAGAAUCCUUGAGUGCUCCCCCUAUGGCUUAUUCAAUGCUUUCCUGUGGGGACUCCGGCGACGCUGGAGGUCCUCAUGCAGAGCGUGAGGACAUCCAGCGUCGUUUAGACGACUAAACGUCGUCUAAAAAGCCAGAAGUCCCUCAAGUGGCUGUCUAGUAGACAGCCACUAGAGGAGGACUUAACCCUGCAAGGUAAUUAUUACAGUUUAUAAAAACUGCAAUAAUUACACUUGCAGCGUUAAGGGUGAUGGGAGUUGGCACUCAGACCACUCCAAUGGGCAGAAGUGGUCUGGGUGCCUACAGUAUCCCUUUAAGCUAAAGUUGAAGUUAAAGGAACACUUUAGGCACCAUAACAACUUUAUAGAAAUUAAGUUGUUAUGAUGCCAUGGAGCCAGGAAGUCCCUGGUGCUGACUCACUCUAAGGUGUUAAACUGUUCUCAAAUGGUUUAACCCCAAUUUCUCCCUGCCUCUUUGCUUUUCCAUUUUCUAAAAAUCUCUAAAUCGGAAGGCUCUUACUGAAUCAGGUGGUGGCGUCACUGAUUGGUUGAGAGUGGUCAGCUGACAAUCGCAGCCAAUCAGUGAAUCCCCGUUUAUAAAACUGUCUUGUAAAGAAACGUGCCUUUUUAAAGUCAGUUUUAAGAAUAUCGAUUCACUGAUUGGCUGAGAGUGCCAGCCAGUGCCGCUGAUGCCCGAUUCUGCAAGAAACUUCUGGUUUAGAGAUUUUUAGAAAACCGAAGCCCAGAGAGGCAGGAAGUUUCGGACAUGGAACACAGGCUUUGGGUUAAAAUUAUUUAAACCUUUAAGGUGAGCCAGCGCCAGAGACCUCCUGGCACUAUAACAACUUACUUUCAUUGAAGAUGGUAUGGUGCCUAAACUGUCCCUCUAAGGACAUGUUAUGGUGACCAGAGUAUUCCUUUUAAUAAAUUAAUAUCUCUGCAUCAUGGAUCUGAGAGCAGAAAAGCAUAAAAAUAACUUUUAGUUAUUAGAAAAACAUUAAAAAUAGCAAAAGGGUCGUCUGUUUGUUACAGACCACCUAUCGCAUUUUGAAUGUAAAAAUAUUUUUUUUUUUUUUUUUUUUUACACUACUUCGUCUUCGUACACACCAGGUUUUGUGAAAAUGUGAUAAAAUGAGCUUCGAUGAGAUUCCUCCUGCCACAUCUUGCCGUUUCCCAAAAGCAUCACUUGCAAUGGCUGAAAGGGAUAAACUCCUUUCUGUGCUAUAGAAUCCUAUGGCAGCUUAUGGCACAAGUGUAUAAGCUGAAAGGGGAAUCCAACAUUCACUUCAAGGAAGACUGAAAGGUGGCGGCUUGGGUACCACUGUGCAAAGCAGGCAUGUCCCAUGCUGGAGCGCUUUGGAUUUCACAUAACAGUACUGCUUAAAACCUGUCUAGUGCCCAGGUGGGGGGUUCCAGGGACUGACACAGAGGAGCCUGGCUGUGCUACCACUUUAACAGUUCAGAACACACACAAUGCCAUUAUUAACCCUUGAUGUGCCAGUAAUCCUUUGUACAUGUCGAAGCAUCACUCUGGAAAUCUACUUGUAUAAUAUGAUCUACUAACUGCUUGGACUACGUAUUGGGUAAAGGACCUGGUUUCAGGAGUAAAUUGUUAAAAGUACGGCUUUGCAAGAAGCUCAACUUUGUCCCAGGCCUCUGGCAAACAGACAGCCCCAUCUCAGAGAAUGCAUUGUAAGCAUCGGUUGGUGGCUCCUGUCUGUCUUUAGGAGAGAAAUUUACUUUUUGGUUAUCAAUAGUGUCAUGCCAAAAGCAUGAGUUGGUGUUUGAUGUGUGUUUAUAUAUGUUAAGAGUUGUGUUUUUGUAAACCUUGGGAUGACAUUUAUUGUGGUCUUUGAUCUUGCACCAGGCCUAGACCAUAAAACAUCUAGAUAGCCAUCACCAGAGCUGGACACAAGGAAUUUCAUAGAGUGGGCAAUAGACUGCCAGACCAGCCCCCUCUGAUCCCCCCCCAGGGGUCUGCCCACUGAGAAACAACUAGUUUAGAUAUAUGAGGGUGUUGGACUAUCCAGGGAAGUCAGUUAUUCAUUUUUCUUUUUGUCAGUAACUUCUAGGAGAUCUAUACCAUCUAAGACUCCCACAAGAAUUCUAUAUGGGGUAAAUAUAUGUAAGGAAUUUCUUGUGUUUUCUCCUAUUUUAUUUUAUGUACUGUUUUGCAAUUUGUUUUCUGUAUGUCAUUUAUUUCUGUAUUUUGUACUCAGCACUGUGAAUCCUUUUUGUCAGAUUAAAUGUUUACUUAAUCAGCUUGUGUCUCUGUUCUCUAUGAGCUUCACUCUCCAGAGGAAAGCUCAGGUAAACACGUUACCAAAAGGGGUUAACUAUAUAUGUUUUAUCAGUAAAAGUAGAACUGUGAUACUAUAAUUCUCCUGUGUGUGGGGUAACCUAAGACGCCCGGGUUUAAAAGUCUUGGUGGUGGCAGUAGUACUAAGGGGGAUAGUGUAGAAGGGAUUGCAGGGGUUAAUUGAGUGGUUGCUGGGACUAGCAACAGGUAACCAGGGGUCUGGUGUCAUUAACCCUGUCACUUCCACACUCUCCCCACUGUCUCGGCUGGGCCUAUAGCCCACGCACGUGACAAAUAGUGAGCUUUGGAUUUUGUCAUUUUUUAAAAUUUAUUUUUAUUUUAUUGUUCUGCAGGAUACAAUAAAGGAGACCCUUCAUCUGAAGUCUUAUACAAAGCAUUCUUUAAUGUUGACAUCAUUGUUACUCCUGUCUUUGGGAGCUACAGAUACCUACCUUAAUAUAUCACCUCCCUUAGCGCACAGUGUCCCUUAUUAGGGACUUACUGCAAAGUUGAAUUGCUAAGGAAUGGAAAUGGAGGUCCAGAGACCCCUCUGAAAGUAUAAACUGUGAACACAAGGCAUCGUGCUGGUUGAGACUUUGCCUUUGUUGUCCACACAGUACAUGUAAUUGCAAUUGGCGUAUAAGUGUUGUGAGAGUAAGGCCUGGUUGCAAAGCACAGACCUCUAUCUUUGCUAACAAAGCGGUGUCCCAUGGUAUUAUUCAGCGAGCCUUGCAGUGAUAGAAGGUCAUUGUUUGUUAGAAGGGCUGCAAUAACUUGGGAUGUAGUAGGCUCGGAUUUCAAGGCUCGGAUAGUGAGAUGGCACAGUCUGGAUCCUGUACUAAAGAGAUCUCCACGUACUUACAGACCUUUUUACUGUAUUUUCUCUUUAAGAAUUCCUAGAGGGUGGAGUGGGUUAUGUGGAGAUGUUAUUUCGAUGUAACUACCUGGCUCUAGUGGGAGGAGGGAAAAAGCCGAAGUAUCCUCCCAACAAAGGUAAGUCUUUAUAUUCUGACAUUUUACUUUGUAAUAUUUGAACUGUAACAGGAGAGACAAAUAGCAGCCAGACCACUUCAUCCCCCCAGUUUUAACCAUGCAGCUGAUAACAUUGUUGUUCUGCAGAAUGACAAUGUAUUCAUUCCAGAGUUUAAACGCCGUUUGAGAACAUGGCAGCUUAUUUAAUCAUCCCAGUGUUGUGUGUAUGUACUCACAUUCAUUCAGUUGUGUGGAAGCUCUGUGCAGCAAUGGCAUAUUCCCUAUAGACUUCCAUUAUAAUUCAGAGAGCUUUGACUGGCUGCAUUGAUUAAGCCAUGUCUCCUAUUCCGUGAACUGGACAGGGCAGGUAUUUAGUUAAUAUGAGAACCUACAAAUCUGACACGUGCACACACUGAGCGUCAUUUUAUUGGUCUUUAUGACGCAUUAAACGGGUGGAGAUCAAAUCCUGCCCAGUGUAAUCUUUUCAGUGUUUGCACUCAGCUCUCCAAGAAAUUUUAUAUAAAGCUACGAGGAUUAUAAUUAGUAGAAACCGGUGAUCUCACUAGGUGUUACCGUUGAGAUCCACAUGAAUCCUCUGGUGGCACCAUGAGCAUUUAAUACCUUGUCUUAAAACUAGUACAGAGUAAUAGUCACCACGUUUCCCACUGUGCCGCAGAACGGCUCUUUAUACGGGAUUGCCAAUAUGCAACUCACAUCUAAUGGCAAACACGUCGUGUGUGGUGGGGUCAGAUAUUCUCAUGUAAUAAAGAGGACUAUUCUCUGUAAAGCUUGAGUCUCUCGGGGUACUUCAAUAAAGUGAGAAUUCAAAGUAAAUUUCAAAUUUAAGGCCAGAGUAGUCAAAAUGGAUGCAUUGCUGAAUUUGUGCGGGUCGGCUAAUUGUACCUUGAAUUUGUGAUUCACUUUAAAUUCUCACUUUCAUUCAUAAAAAUGAAAUCAACUGUUGAAUCAAUGUCCUGAUAUUAACAUUAAACCUAAAACAACCAAGCUGCUGUUAUUGCCGAAUUGUAUAAUUUUUCAAAUUGCAUAUGUUUGGCUAAAAUUUGCAAUUCCAGUUUUAAUUUUGCUACAGUUUGGAGUUUAGUGAGUAACCCUGCUUGUCUCUCUCUAAACCUCUUUUCUAUUCCCUGCACCUCUACAGUGAUGAUCUGGGAUGACCUGAAGAAAAAAACUGUAAUUGAAAUAGAAUUUUCCACGGAGGUGAAAGCGGUGAAGCUCCGGAGAGACAGGUACCUGCCUCUUGACUAAACAAACUAAUUUGCUGCAGUGUUGCUUAGCGUUGUGUUUUUAUAAAGAUAGGUUUUGGAGGUGUUGUAAUAGGAGUGUUAGACUGGCAGUGAUCACAGCUGAUAUUGACAUGGCAGAAGAUGGAGUGAUAAGUGUCUUCUUUACAGAACUAAUUUGACCUACAUAUCGUGCCAAGUGAAUUGCCAGCAAUAUAUAGAUUAAACUGAUACAAUUAGACAAACAUUGGAUUCUAACAAAACAUGUAUGACAUGCAGGAGCAGAAGGUGGAGAGGGACUUGCCCAACUGAGCUUACAAUCCAAAGAUACUUACCUGAAGAUUUCUUCUCUGUUACACGAAUUUCCUUUACAUUGCAUGCGUGAGCAUCUAUUUCUUCAAACAAAGCAUCUCAGAAUUCCCAUUGUGGAUGGACCCACAAUGCUGCACUUGGCGUCGUGGGAGGAGUCAGUUGCACUUGCAAGCACUGGUGCCUCCAUGUUUGUAGCUUUUACCUCUAAGAGAGUGGCAAAACUGAAUAAAGGUUUUCAGGUCAACCUUUUUAUCCUUAAAGUGAACCUAUUAACCUUAAAUCACAGAUAUAUGGUGUAUUCAAUGUAAAAUAUAGAGAUUUACUCACCUCUCCUCCCUUAGAGCGCUGCCAUCUUAGCUUCGUGGGUGUACUCUUCAUGUAGCAGCGUCCUGGCAAUUGAACUGAGUGAAAUCAUGUCACUCCGUUCCUAUACUCCUCAGCCGGCGCUAGCAUCGCUGACUAGGGAAUCUCCAUAGGAACCACUGCUCAUGCCCUGUGUUUGUUAAGCUGAAGAGCAGCAGAAGGACUUCCUGUGGGGGGGGGGGUGUCGUUUCUGCUCUUCCUUGUCAGUCAAUGCCUCGGGAGAAAACCCUAUCUUUAAAUCUAUAUAUUUGUUGGCAAAACUGCUAGCGCCAGUUAUAGAUAGAAUCUGAUGCUCAGUCUAAUGAUCACAAGUCGUUUGGGACGUGGCAAGUGCCCUUUGAUGUUGCAGUUCCAUUUGUUAUUUUUCCACAAUCCCAAGUUUACUGCAUAGACCCUCUAUCUAUAUAUCUAAUAAGAAUACAAUGCAAUCUGUAUGGUCCAAUUAGGCAAGCAAAUGCACACAUUUUCAUUAGUUAUUAGUCCAAGCAUUGGUUUUCCUCCCUCCCUUUUUUUUUUUUUAAAUCAUGGAACACUUUUUGUUUUUGUGCAGUAAGUUUAUUCCUCAAACAAUUUGAAACCAUGAAUUGCUGCUUGUGUCUGACCGAUCCACUGCUUGUGAGAUAAAUCCUUUAAAAGCAGAAGUUAUAUUUGCGAGUGUUCAAAGCAGAACACAUGUUGGAUUGGUGGAUUUCUAUAAUUUACAAAUAUGCUUAUUUGGUUUUAAAGUGGAAACUUUAAAUUUUCCCAUUAACUGAUGGGCUAGAGAAUAUCUUGGUUUUUCCUGUGUGUAUCUGAUAUCCAGCUCUUGUUUUACCCUCUGCUGUCACGUAUUCUUUCUUAAAUAAUGAUUUUAUGCCUUUAAAUUUAAAUUUUUAUUUUUUAUUUUUUUUUAAAUGAGGUGACAGAUCAGCAUUCUGUUGCAAGAAAUUUUUCUUUAAUGGGACUGAUGUAUCCAGGGACAUUUUAGCAGAGAAUAUGGCGGCAGAGGUGAUAUCCUGAGAUUUGAUGUGAAUUUUUCAUCCGAUUUGGGUCCAGACGCUGACCAGGUGUUUUGUUCUGUGUUUCAGGAUUGUGGUAGUUUUGGAUUCCAUGAUUAAAGUGUUCACAUUUACACACAACCCUCAUCAGCUGCACGUCUUUGAGACAUGUUACAAUCCUAAAGGUAGGCUGUAAUGUUGGACGGAUGGUGGAUCUGGUUACAAGAAUGUAUCUGCAUCCUAGGUUUAAGACUACAUUACUCUGACAGUCAGAGAUCCAUGUAGCUUUUAUUUCAGUAUUAAAAUGGACUUUCCAUUUUAAAGUGAUCCAAAAGCUAACACAGGUUGUCUUUUAACAGAUGGUAGUAGCAUUUUUUUAAAUUUAUUUUUUACAUUUUGUCAGUUUAGUAAACUUUACAGAUAUGUUUUGCCUCAUUGUGUAUCUAAAGCAGUCUCACACUGCCCCCUUCCCCCCUCUCCCAGGAUUGUGUGUUCUGUGUCCAAACAGCAAUAAUUCGUUACUGGCAUUUCCUGGAGCUCACACUGGCCACGUGCAGAUCGUAGAUCUUGCCAGCACUGAGAAGUCCCCAGUAGAUAUACCGGCUCAUGAAGGUGUGCUGAGCUGUAUCGCCCUAAACUUACAAGGGACCAGAAUUGCAACAGCGUCUGAGAAGGUGAGGAUUGACCAUGCAGGGUCUCCCAUGUGCAACAAAAAACAUAUGGCGUGACACAAUACAGGCAAUGUCCACAUCAGAUUCUGAGGAUUGAUAUAAUAGGAUUAGAAAUGAGAAGCAUUAGGAGGAAGUCCUGGACAGAAUGAGGACAAGUAGCUUUACCAACAGCACCUUUAAGAAAUAGAACCGUAUCCUUCUUAGCAGGAGUUUACAGUUUAUGAAGCAAAACAUGCAGGCCUAAUCACUAAAGUGUGAACUGUGGGAAUUAUUAUUAUUUAUGACGCUCCAACAAAUUCUGCAACGCUGUACAAUAGGUGGACUAAUAAACGAGAAUUUGCAACUGGGCAAGUUAGAUAUACAGGAACAGAGGGUCCUACUCAAACAAGCUUACAUUCCAAAGGGUAGUAGGAUAAGGUGUACUUCAUAUAAUCGAAGAGAUUACAAUGAGGGCUUAGCUGUUUAGAUGAUAUAGUUGUAGGAGAGAAGGUGGAUCUUGUGUAGAGGGAAAGCAGCUAACAGUUUAAUUAAUCUAUCUUCUGCAAGAAGUGUGUUUUCAGUGAAUUAUUUAUUUAUUGACAUGAAUAGGGACUGGGUGAGAGUCUAACGGAGCAGGGAAAGGAGUUCUAUAGAAACGGUGCAGGUCUCUCUUAAAGGAACUCUUGAAAGUGGGCGUCAGAACAACCAAUGGAUAGUCUUUGGCAGAGCGUGGGGGCCAGGUAGACAGGAGCAGUGUGUCGUCGUCGUCCCCCCGGCAGCUAUAAUUCCAGCUUGGCUAAAAACUUGAAAUUCACUUUGAAAUUGAACCGUCCGCAUUUUAAUGAAUAACGGUGAUAUUCUAAUUCUUUCUUCACAGGGAACUCUCAUAAGAAUAUUUGAUACGUCAACUGGACAUCUCAUCCAAGAACUGCGACGAGGAUCACAAACUGCAAAUAUUUAUUGGUGAGUUAAGAAAUGGUUGUUAUAUUAUAAUGUUUGUUUAUCUCGUACAGCUUCUGUUUCUCAAUGCCACCAUCAAAACAGGCAAACGCUGAAUGAAAAGUUCCCACUAUUCCAAUAGCCUAUGGUAAUGGCAGGAGAUGGCUAGUAACUGUGCCAUUAAGGAAUACUGUAUUCCUAACACUAUAGUGUCCCUCUUCCAUCCUUUAUGCACCUUAUUGUAGCGCAGAGGUCCCUUGGUCCUGGGUGCCUCCUCUGACAUCAUUACGAGGGGUAAUCUAAUGCACAUCCUAGAGAGGGCAGUGCACACUUCAGUGAGAUGAAUUGGUGUUUGUGACUUUAGUGGCCCUUUCACUACACUUCCCCCAAUGCUGAACCAGCCAUUACUCCUCUCAGGGCAGUAGUGAUUGUGGAAUUUGUUCUCAAGAGAGGUUGUGUGGGUGAUAACCGUAAUCUUGACAGGUGUUGGGCAUAAGAUGAAAAAUCAAAUUGUAAAACUCGCAGGGAUUCUGUUUGAGUUUCAGCUAAUCCAUUAUCUGCUUGAAACUAUGUUCAGGUUGUACAUAAUUCAAUCUCGUCACGUGGAAAGAUGAAUGUAUUUAAUCCAUAAUAAUCCGUAUAGUCACGUAAUAUAUGAGAACAAGCAAACGUGUGACAUGCCAUCACCAAUUCCCUUUUUUUUUUUUUGUAGCAUUAAUUUCAAUGAAGAUGCAUCUCUAAUCUGUGUUGCAAGUGAUCAUGGUACAGUGCAUGUCUUCGCUGCAGAGGAUCCUAAGAGAAACAAGCAGUCCAGGUAUGGGGUGUAUAGGGAUAUCCUAUGUUCAGAGUGGUGGGUCUCUACGGUUCUGAAUUACAGGCAGUUCUCUCCAAGGCUGGAAAGAAUAGUUUGUAUUUAGUGUGGUUAUAUUAACCAGGAAGACCCGGCAUUGUCCACUAUUAGUUUUAUAUAAAAUAUGUACGGUUACAAGAAUAGCCACAUGAUAAAGUACACUUUUCUUUCUUUAAAAAAACAGAAAUCUAGAUUAAAAGGAUAUGUUGGUUUUCAGUAUUUAAUCCAUUGAUUUUUUUUUGAUUUUUUUUUUUUUUUUUUUACAUACGACACAUGGGUGAAAACAAUCCAGCAUCAGUAAACCAUCAAUAACGUCUUCUUACUUUGAGUCGAAACGCAGACCAUAUUGUCUUCUCCAGAAUUCUAGGUUAAAUCUACUUGAAGUUAAUUGUAUCAGUAAAUUGCAUUGCCAAGUUAGUAGUGGUUCAUUUUAGUCGCGACUCUGUUCAAUGGAAGUGUAUUCAGGCUUGAAGUUCAGUAAUUAAGUUCGUUAAUACCCCCUUUCGUGGUAAUAUGUGCUUAGAUAAUGAGAGGGUUAUUCAUCAAACCUCAAAUUGUAACAAGUUGGAAUCUUCAUUGCGAGAUGUAGGUUUAAAAAGCGGGUCUGGAAAAUUCUCCAAACUUUAGUCACAGAUUGGAUACUUUGCAUUCAUAUUUCAAUUUGCUAAAUAAUUCAAGUUUAGUGAAGAAUGUCUCUAUUCUGUAAUGAAAUUGCAAAUAUAAAAGAUUUUUCAUUGCUAGGGUGUUAUUGGAUUAUGUGAUAAAGUGUGUAAAUAACGUGCAAAUAAUGAUUCCAUUCUCUUGUUUUUUGUCUCUAUUUUGCAGUUUGGCCUCUGCUAGUUUCCUCCCAAAAUACUUCAGCUCCAAGUGGAGUUUCUCUAAAUUUCAGGUUCCCUCUGGAUCACCUUGUGUUUGUGCCUUUGGAACAGAGCCCAGUUCAGUCAUAGGUAAAUCCCUGUGUCCUCAUCUACAUUACUGUUUUCUCAUUCUUGUGCUGCACUCCACAUGGUGUGUUUAUCAUAGCUGCAGUGGCCUGGUAGGCACACCUAGAAUCCAGUUACAGAUACAUUAAAAGAAAUUAAUAAGCUAGGGAUCCAAAGCAUGACUAUAGUUUAGACUCUAAAAGCUAGCUGAGCAUCAAAGGAAAUGUAGUCCAGAAACAAUUUAUGGUGUCAAAGUUAGCCAUCAGUGACUUAGAAGGUAGUAGGGGAGAUGUAUUAUUCACUAAAGUAAGCAUUGCCAGGUUUCCACUUGACUAUAAAAUUCACUUUCGGAAUAACCUUGAUAGAGUAAUUGUUGUCCGGGUGUAAAUGUUACAAAGAAUUAGGGGGAGUGCAGGGGUGGACCCUUAGACAAGUUUAUAAUGUAUAUCUAAGCUAGUUAGAUCACCACUGUACAAUCCUCCUUAAGCGCGAACAUCUGCCUUCAGUCCCAUUUUGUUCACCUUCAUCUACAACCCUUGAGGCAAGCUGCACAUAUGAAGAAAUAAGUUGUCUUAGCUGCAGAGAUGGUCUGCCUUUGGUUAUGGAGGAUAUGACUAGUUGCAUCUCACCGUGUGCACACUAACCAGUCUGUCUCUUUCAGCUAUCUGUGCAGAUGGCAGCUACUACAAGUUUCAGUUUAACCCAAAGGGAGAAUGUACCCGUGAUGUCUACGCCCAGUUUCUGGAAAUGACUGACGAUAAACUCUGACCACGUGGAAUUGGAAACAUUUACUCUCACUAAAGGAUGGGACAGGCAGAAUUGCUAUAUUUCGAUAAAACUCUGACAACCUUUUCAUAUUGGGUUUUUAGCAUUGAAAUCAUUUCACUUUCUGUAAUGCUUCAGAGUGUCCUGUUUUCAGAUAGAAUCCCUGGCCAUAUGACUGGCAAGGUUUUAUUAACAGUUAAGUGAAGGUUUUUAAGACUUUAUUAAAGUGAGGAUAUGAAUCCCUUAGAUUCCUUCCCCUGCCAGAAAUGAGCAGAUGCCUUGAUAGAAGGGCAAAUACAGCUUCCUUGGUGCCCCUUUUAACACAUGGAAUGCCAACAAAUGAGGGAGGGGGGGAUUAAAUACCUCUUUGGCACUCUUAUUACAUUAAAGCAUUUUUAAAGACUAAUUAUGUAAUUGUGACACUAACCUAGCGCCUUCAUAGCACUGAGCAACCACUAAGUGUUAACUCAAUUUAAAAAAAACACUUAAUGAAUGGUGAGUUAACCCCGUAUCUACUGCCAGGACUUGCAGGCUGCAGCUGGUUUAAAAGAUGUUGGGAAACCUCUCCAGCCGACUACAGGGGUGAGGCACGUAAGACCACUUUAAUUUGAAAUUCUAGAAUAGUGCGCCCCCCCCCCCCCUUUUUUUUUUGUCCCUGUCAAACUCCAGAUAACUGUAGAUUAGAUUUUGAUUUUAAUUUUAUUUUUGACGUGUAGAACCCUGCAUGUUGCUUUGUGAAAUUAAUCACAACUUCCGUUUGUUUUGCACACUUAUUUGUAAAAAUGUUAUUGCUUUUUAAUAAAACAUGACCAAACAAUGCCUGUGAAUCAUACUGGGAGGGAACUAGAAGAAUUGAGAAACAAAGCUGCUAAAAUGUAAAGUUAUCUGAACUCUACUGUGCCACUAAAAUAAAAAAAUAAAAAAUUGCUCCCCAGCAAGGCCGGAAUAACCAUUUCAUGAUGAAGGGUUUAUAUAAUCUGACCGUCCUGCCACAUCCUCCUUCAUAAAGAAAGACUAAUCACACCUUUUUAUUUAUUCUUCUGAACUACCUGUUCACCUCUCAGGUGCAGUGAUAGAAGGGACGGGGGGAGGUGUUAAUCUCAAUAUUUAUACCUUUAGAACAUGUCAGGUUGAAAUGUCAGACUAAUGUGCUUGAUAAAAAAAAAAAAAUAAAAAAAACUGGUGUUCAGCCUGGUCCAGGAUUACAAGAACACUUUCCAACUCAUCGAUUUGGGGGAGGGCAGUUAAUAAAAAAAAAAAAAAAAUCUUGUAAAUCUUGAGCUGUUCCUGACCCCCUAUAGUGUUCCUUUAAAAAGACCACAGCUGAGACACAUCUCGAGCUGACAAAUCUAUGCCAACUAGCACCUCGCUAGAACAGGAUUCCUCUGUGUGAUUGUUAAAAUUACUUGAAAAGUGAAUUCCGGUGACUGAGUCUGAUUGCAGCAAUGAGAACUCCGAUAGAUAUAGGGCUUCCUCUGUUUAUGGGCCAAGCCUGUCCGUAUAUAAAAUCUUUCCACAAAGUACAGAUGUUUUAAGCUUCACUAAUCACAGCAGCACUGCAUGGUUAAAUCGGUCUCCAAUCAGGAGAAUGCAUAAUGUUCACAAAACUGGAACACUUCGAUCAAAAUUUUUUUUUAUAUAUAAAAACUUUUUGUAUCUAUCCCAAAUAAAAGUGUAGCACUAAAUGUAUGCAUGUUUUCAUUGGGGGGUGGGGGGUAGAUCUAAACAUUGCUAAAAACUGUAGAUCUGUAGCCCUCUCCUUUUGCAUCUGUGCCAGACAAACGACCACUUAGAAGGUUCUCAUUGAAAAGCCCCUGGUUUUGAACAAUGUGUGCACCUGUUUGCUCCUUUUUAAAUUCUCACUACUCUAAGCCAGGGAGUCCACCAAGAGGCACACUUUUACAGGGGGAAGAAGGUAUACCCACUGCACAGAAUGUGUUACUCUUCUGUUGGCUUAAUAGAAAUUACAGCAUUGGGGGGGGAGAGAGAGUGUAAGUGUAUUGCAGAAUGCUGAACAAUAAAACUAUCCCCUUAGCUACACCCCCCCAUACCAGAAAUACUACCUGAACGGUGUAUGUCCACAGCUCAACCCCUCACUGCACAUAAUGAGCUGCUUGUAAUCACCACCUGGCUAAAGCCAGUCCCAGAAACCACAAACAAGCAGUGAUAUUUCCUCAUUAUUUAUCUUGUUGGGUGUCCUCUCUCUCCUCCUAGUGCAAACUGCGUUGUAGUUCAGAUCAUGCUGUUAAAGUGGCUGCCACCAAAAUUAAACUAAUCUGCUUUAAUCUCUUUAUUUCCAUAGAGUUCUAGUUUUAAUUAAACGAAUAAAGAAAAGCAGGGACUACUACAUCUUCCUCUAUUAGGAAUCAGGUUGACAAAACGGAGCACUGAGAUUAAAGCUAAUCAAAUUUACCCCCAAUUCAUCAGUACAAUCAGGCCCACAGAAGGAAAACACAUCACAGACAGAGGAGAACAAAAUAGCUGCUCCCACAUACCGAGAUCCGGCCCAAGGAAAAAAAAUUAAAUACAUUUAACCCCUUAAGGACACAUGACAUGUCAUGAUUCCCUUUUAUUCCAUUAGUUUGGUCCUUAAGGGGUUAAAGGCAACUGGCAAGGAGGGAAGUAUCAUGAACAUACAGAGGGCAACAGAAAAGAAAAACGAGACCGGUCCACUUUAAGACACGAGCUGCAUCUAUACAUCACUUUGAAAAACCUGGCUCCUAUUUUUUUUUUUUUGCUGGCUCCUAGAUUCAAUGUCAAAUUUUUUUUUAAAUAUAUAUAUAUUUUUUUUUUAAAGGGACACUAUAGUCACCAGAACCACUACAGCUUAAUGUAGUUGUUCUCUUGUCUAUAACCUGUCCCUUCACACUUUUCAAUGUAAACACUGCCUUUUCAGAUAUCAGUAUUUACAUUGCUGCCUAGUAACACUUCUAGUUAAAGUCACCCAGACAGCCUCCAGCAUGCAUCCUGGGUCAGUGCUGGACAGUACGCAGCACCUACAUUUAGAGACGCUGAAUGUUCCCCAUAGAGAUGCUGUCAAUCAAUUCAACUCUAAGAGGAGAUGCUGAUUGGCGCAGCAUGGUGUUUUGCCACACAUGCGCAAUAGCCUCCCACUGCUCUCAUACGGGAAAGCAUUGGAUUGGCUGAGCUCAUCAAGAUUAAUGAUCGCAGUCACAGAGACAGGGCCAGGGGGAAAAGGUGAGUAAAAACCCCUUACACACGUGUGAUUGAAGGGGGACCUGUUACCUAAACCCACACGUCCAUUCAGCCUCCCUACCUGGAGUAAUUCGGCUUUCCCUGAGGUCCAGUGGGGGCUUCAGUCACCUCCCUGCUCUGCUCCAUAGAGUGUUGUUAUAUUCUGGCUCCGGGCAUCAGUGGAGGGCACGCGAGGGAGCAGGGAGGGCGGUAACAGCUCCCUUGUGUGCCUGCCCGUCUGUCUCAAUCCUCCAGCCCGUGCCUAACACCCCACGAUCUCUAUCAGAUGGCUAGCCGUCCGCAAAUGCUCUCCCUUUAGCCAGGCCAACCGCAUGCCCAUGCUCUUUAUGGGACGGUCAGCCGCCCGCCUCCCUCCACUCAGAGGCGGCUGACCACCUCGGGAUCAAGGGGCCAACAAAUCCUUAUCACCAUGGCAACCUGGCUGCGGGGAUUUCUCGAGCCCAGAAUUGGCAACACCCUCACUUUAGAGCACGCAUGCCCUGAGCUGCUCGCAAUGCGGCCCAGUUGCCAGCCGGGCAGUGAGGGAGCCAUUACAUACUGUGCUCUAUGCACAGCUCCCUCACUUGCACUGCAGUGAGCUGGCAGCUGGGAUAUGACAUCCUGGCAUCACUACUGGGUGCACGAGGGAUCUGAGCAGGAAGAGCAUAGUGAUCCCAUCACAGAAGCAACCAGUGGCUACCAGGGUGAGGAUGCACUUUAGCCUCCCCAGAGCAAGACAGGGAGGCUGGGUGGACCUCAAUUACUAAAUAUGUGUGUAUGUCAGUGGGUCUCUGUGUAUGUGUUUAGUAGAUAGCAAUGCCACAUAAAUUAUUUGAAAUAUCAAUACUGUCAACAGGCUGUGUUAAAGAAAUGUCUGUCGGCAGCUAUAUUGUCAGGAACAUCAAUAAAGCAAGAAGGAUUAUUCAGAAUCUUUCUAUUAAUCAACUGCUAGUCCCCAAAAAACAUAUUUAAGAGUUCUUGGAUUUACUUUUGGAGACUACUUACAAUAUAAAAAUACUCAAACAUGGAAAGGCAGGACUUGGCCACUAUUUACAUCUGGUGCAAGUAAGAAAUCUAAAGACAAGGGAGAUACUGUAAUCAUUGCGAUAAAAGGGGAAUAAUAUAAAGGGGAGCUUUAAACAGAGGAUCAGUAAAAAAAAAAAAAAAAAAAAUCAUUUAGAAAAUCCAGCAAGUGACCAUACCCUUUUUACACUAUGGACAGAAAAUAUACACUUAUUCUAUCCAACCCUAUUGCAGAAUCCCAGAGAGCUCCAAAUCGGGCCAUAUUAAUACUAAAUGUGUCUAAAUUACAGAUAAACAUACUAUGGUCGCAUAUUCUUUGCCUUCACAUUUACAUUACAUGAAACAAAAAAUGGUGCACCCUUCGGUCUUUUAAAAAGGAAAUUAAAAUGAAAGCUUGUUGUGUAAGUUAAAGCAGGUCCUUCCACACAACCAGUGAGACCUUUAAUUGCCAAUUACAGCUAAACUUUCUAUAGUUCUAAUUAGUGCCUGUUGGCAAGAGUUUAAACUAAUCCAUCAAGAUUGUUGCUUAAAAUGUAAUUGCAAACAAGUUUUCAUUUCCCUAAAAGAAAAAAAAAAACCAAACAAACACAUUUUAACAGUGAAAAUGCAGUGGUACACUGCUACAUAAACUAACCUACCAGAAAUCAUUCCAUCACCACCAGCUUGGAAAGGAGAUGUGGGAACUAUAUACUGCCACAGUCUCAGAAAAUUUUCAUUCAAAUAUUUUUCCCACUAAAAAAUAAAAUAAAAAAGGUUCCCCCCUUCGAUACACAGAAACAUGUAACCAGUUCUUGUUAUCUUUCAUGUAAAUUUAGCCACCACCUAAUAUUACCAGAAUAGGUUAUAGUCUUGGAACAAAAAAAGCAAGGAGUAUGAAAUUUAUCAAUGGUCAUGUUUCCCUUCCGCAAAAAGUGCAGAUUUCAAUAGAAAUGGAGAAUAUUUAAGAGGCAGCAAUUGCUGAGAGCACCUGCCUUGCAAUGACUUCUCAUUGAGCUGCAUUUGGGAGGUCUGAUUGGACAGACACAGAAAGUCUGUGCGGGGUUAGAAAGAGACAAACGAAAUACAGGUUGUGAAAAAUAGUUUUUAGAUAUAAAACUCCAAUGAAAAAAAUGCAGAAUUAAAUGCGAGAAAGUUUUCAUUUUGGGCACAUCUACUACACAGGGAUAUUUAUUUUGUAUGUGGGCAGUGUAGUUUUUUUUUAUUUUUAUUUUUUUAAUGGCCAAGUAAAUUGAACAAUCUGAGAUAUUAAAACAUUGUCUGGAUAAUAGGAUACCUAACAGGUAGGAGGGGGAGAUACAAUUCUCCACUCAUUUCAAUCACAAAUAUCCAAUAGUAAUCUGAGUGGACUGUUCGUCGUGCUGGAUAUGAAUUAUCGGACUUUGCUUUUUCAAGUCUGUAAUUCGGCAGCCCUACAGCUUCCUGUAAAGCUACACAGAAUGCAUUUCACACACAUAUAAUACAAUCAAGACUAAAGUGCAUUUUGUGUUUUUGUAUAUCUUCCAUGGAUUUGGAGCACCUCUGCAGUUUACAGCUACCAAAUGCCCAGCUCAGCCAAUUCCUGGUCUUUUAUCAAUUCCAAUUAGCAUAUUAUUGUGAACAAAACAAACAGCUUUGUAUUUCCUAAAAUUGUACACAAGUAUAGGCAUGGCACCAUUCAGUAUUUUCGAAGUCCUCAUGCGGUUUAUAGGGAGCUACUAGAGACCAAUGUAUUGGCUAAAGACAAACCACCAAUACUCGGGCCAGCUUUGGUCCACUCAGAUUUAAUUUAAACUCUUAAGAACUAAUGAUUAUAUUUGCAACCAGAAAAAUCUGUGUUCUAAAGGGCAUAUUCCACAAAGGAAUGACCUAUUAGAUGACACUUCAGCAUGAAGCAGAAAAGCAAUUGACAGUCCUUGGUGGUAUGUAGUUGCAUUUUCUUUAAGUUUGUUCCUUAAUGGGUUAAAAAACAACCCAAAAAACAUCCUUUGGUUAACUACCUACUAAUGUCUGAGGUCAUUCAUCCCUGAUCUGAUAAGAGCUGUGGUUCUAUGGACUAGAGCCCCUUAACCUGAACUACACAGUCAUUUCCUGUGACACAGAACCCACACUGUGGGGUCAAAUGCUGCUAAACAAGAACUCCUCACCGACUCCAGCUGAUGAGACUUAUCACAAAGCCUGCUGGUGACUGGACUGGAAAUCGAUUACCACACCAACCACAGCAUUCAAAGCUAUCUGCUAUCUCAUUGCAUACUCAAUCCACAAACUGCAGUUGCAAAGCAGAGUAUCAUUAGGUCUGUGCUGCGGAAGCUCCUCUAGUGGCUGUCAUACCGACCGCCACUAGAGGUGGACUUAACCCAGCAGCGUAAACCAUUGCAGUUUCCCAAACAAUUAUUACAUUGCAGUGUAAAGGGGACAGGACCACUGCACCCUGGUCCUUACAUUGAGAUUAAAUGAAUUCAUUGCACCAAAAACAUUCACCAACAAUUAGACGUGAAAGUGUCAGCAACAGUUU